AUGAUAUUCUUGCUAGCUUCCGCUGGGCUCGUGGUAGCUUUGCUUGUCCUCCAGCAGGCAUGCCAGUCUAUCUCCUGGCAUGUCCGACACCAGAGAGCCAAAGCCGAGCACGGCUGCAAACCGCUGCGUCGCGCUCCUCAGAAGGACCCCUUCCUGGGGUUUGAUCACUUCCUGCGGCUUGCGCGCGCAGCCUAUGCAAAGACUUACCUCGAGACCUUCCAGCAAUGGUUCCUAGACGUCGGCUCUACUUUUGGCGUGAACCUCAUGGGCGACUAUGUCAUCUUUACCAACGACCCCAAGAACGUGCAAGCCCUUCUAGUGACCAAGUUUGCCGACUUUGAGCUAGGACAGCGCCGCCGCAACAACUCGUGGGAGCUGCUCGGCGUGGGCGUCUUCAACGCUGAUGGUGACGACUGGGCACACGGUCGCGCGCUGAUUCGGCCUAAUUUCACCCGCAAGCAGGUUGCCGACCUGGAGCUAUUUGAGAGGCACGUCCAGAAGUUGUUCAACGCCCUCCCUACCGAUGGGUCGCCCGUGGAUAUGCAAGAAAUGGUCUUUCGCUUUGCAAGUUCCUUUUCACCCGCAACUCUCUUUGUUGAAGUGUCCCUGUCCGCUAACGAUGGACACAUCCUCCUCCCGAGUGCCACCGAUGUCGCGCGCAAGUUCUCCUGGGCGUUUGAAAAGGGCAUUGACGGCAUUUCUCAGCGCAUUCGCCUCGGAAAGUUUGCCAAGUUCUUUUACGACUCCCAGUAUACCAAGGCUUGCCGUUUUGUCCACGACUACAUUGAUGUUAUAGCCAUCAGGGCGGCACAGCGGGCAAAGGAGCGGCAGGAAGAAAGAAGCUCACAGGACUCGCAGCACCACGACAAGGGCGGGGAGCGGUAUACGUUUCUCAAGGCCUUGGCUGCGACCGGCGCGCCGCCCAAGAUAAUCCGCGACCAAGUUCUAAAUACCUUAGUUGCUGCGCGCGACACCUCCGCGUGCCUUAUAAGCGUGGCUGUUUUCGAAAUGGCACGACGGCCAGACUAUCAGGCUCGUAUUCGGCAGGAGAUUUUUGAACACAUGGGCAGUGAGCCCCCCACCUUUGAUGGUCUCAAGUCGCUUGUGUUUCUGGGCUACUUUAUCAAAGAGUGCCUCCGUAUGUACCCUCCCAUCCCCCUCAACCAGCGCAUGGCCAAAAACGACACGGUGUUGCCCAUGGGAGGCGGCACUGACGGCACGUCCCCCAUUUUCAUUGCCAAGGGUCAGAUGGUGGUCUACCAGGUCUACUCUAUGCACCGCCGCGAAGACCUCUGGGGAGCAGAUGCAGGGGCUUUCCGCCCUGAGCGGUGGGAGACUUCUCGCGCCACGUUUGAGUACCUACCCUUUAACGCCGGACCACGGAUCUGUCCGGGACAGCAGUUUGCGAUAGUAGAGACGAGUUACAUGCUUAUACGUCUACUACAAGCGUAUGGCAGGAUUAUACCCCGAGAUAAUAACAGUCCCUGGCAGGAGCGCCUAACUUUGACAUGCGCUACCAUUAUUGAGACUUGA